AGGGGAGCGGGGGCGGCUUUGGGAUUGGGGAUUUGGGAUUUUGGAUUGGGGAUUUUGGGAUUUGGGGGCUCCGGGGGUCCUGCCCGCCCGGUCCUCGCACUCCCCAACCCGGAGAGGUCUGGGCUGCGGGGAACCGCCCCGAGCUGCUCUCACACGCCUCGGGGACGGGCAAGCUCCCACCUCAGGCCCUGCAGCGUCCAGGUCCUGCAGCUUCCCCCGGCCCUGAAGCCUUUCCCAGAGCCUGAAAGUCUCCUUCAGGUGCCCAGGAUCCCCCGAAUCCGCUGCGGGGUGCGGCGCCAUGUUCGGCUCCUCCCGGGGCGGCGUCCGGGGGGGCCAGGACCAGUUCAGCUGGGAGGAUGUCAAGACAGACAAACAGCGUGAGAAUUACCUGGGGAACUCCCUGAUGGCGCCGGUGGGGCGGUGGCAGAAGGGCAAGGACCUGACCUGGUAUGCCAAGGGCAAGAAGGACACGGGCCCCCCACUAUCCCGGGAGGAAGAGCUGGCUGCAGUCCGCCUGGCCGAGCAGGAGGCCAUGAUGGCAGCGCUGGGCUACAAGAGCUUGAAGAGGCAGCCCACGGGCCUCAGCAAAGAGGACCUGGCUGAGGUGUGCAAGAGGGACGGCGGCGAGCGGGACGAGAAGGACGUGGAUCGGGUGGUGGGUUUGGGCAGCUCCAGUGGCAGUGCUGGCAGGGUGAUGCUCUCCAAGGAGGACAGAGAGGCGGCCAAGAUGGGGCUCUCGGUCUUCACGCACCAGAAAGUCUCCAGCAGCCCAGAGACAUGUGUCUCCAAGAGGAAGCAGGAAAAGGAGGAGAAGGUGGAGGAGAAACGACCUGAGAGCAGCAAAAAAUCCAAAAAGGAGAAGAAGAAGGAGAAAAAGAACAAGAAAAAGAAGAAACAUAAGAAGGAGAAGAAGAAGGACAAGGAGAAGCAUUCCAAGAAGGAUGCUGCCCCAUCAUCCUCCGAUUCUUCCCCGGAUCGGGAUAAGAGGCACCACCGCAGGAAAACGCCGCAGCACUCGGCGGCGCCGCGGCACGGCGGCCGGCGGCGGCACGACACGGAAUCCUCGGCGAGCAGCGGCAGCCCCGCCCGGAGCCCCGCCCGCCGCCGCAGCCGCAGCGGGGACAGCAGGGACGGCCGGGGCCGCCACCCGUCCCCCCGGAGGAAGGGCAGGAAGAGGAGCAGGUCCCGCUCCCCCCCGGCCCGCGGGCUCCGGCAGCGCCACGACACCGACUCGGAGGACUGAGAGGGAGCCUGGGCUCGUGUCAGGGACGUCUCCCGUAGAUUUCUAUUUUUAAAGCAAUGACAUGAAAGGCGCCGCCGUCCCGCGGGUGCCGGGGCAGUGUGGCAGGGGCGUUAAGGCUGUGGUGCCAGCCCUUCCCCUGGGGCAGCGGGGCCCGGGCACCCUUCUCCUCACCCCCUGAAAUCCAUCCAGGCAGCACUGGGCACGGAGGAUGCUGUGGGUGAGGGCUGGCUGUGGUGCUGAAAAUGCUGUGGAUACCUCGUGUUUAUGGAUAGAGACUUUGGAAGAGAUAAUUAUUAUUAUUAUUGUUAUUAUCAUGGGGUUUUGUCUUCUUUCCCUGCCCUUGUAGUGCAGUGGCUGAAGAGUUUCUUUCUUUAAAGAUUCCCUGAGUUCAUCAGCUGCAUGGAUGGGAGUUCAAAGCUCAUCUAGUUCCAGUCCCCCUGCCAGGGGCAGGGUCACCUUCCCCUCCAAGCCCUGUCCCACCUGGCCUUGGACACCUCAAUAAUUCCUCAGCUUACAGGGAGAAAGUGGACGGGACCAGGUGUCUUCCACGGGCUUUUGCCUUGGCCACAUCCCCUCACCCCAGGGAGCAGCAAACUCCCUUCCCUUGCAGGACUGAACCCUCAGCACUUGAUUGUCCUGAAAGAGCAGAAUUUGACACCAAUAAAUAGAAAUAUUGAUCCCAACGGAAAGGGGGUGUCCCGAGCGGCCCCGGAGCAUCGCUGCCAAGCACAAGGGCCUCGUUUGUGUAAUUAACGCUGCAUUGAAGACAGGGAGGGUUUGUGUGCCUCGGUGGACACGAGCCCAGUGGCACCGCGCUCGGGAGCUCACAAAGCCCUUCUGUCCCAGCACUGGGAGAUGCUGCGGAGCUGGCACAGCCCUCGGUGAUCCCCACCCCAACGUGAUUUUUGGGGUGACGGCCCCUUGGCACCAGGGCUGCUCCUGCUCCGCCCCAGGGAUGCCCAGGGCACAGCUGGGGCACCCCGAGCCCGUGCACUCCCUGGCCAGGAGCCCUGCUCCUGCUGCUGCUCACCAGGCUGAGCUCGGGGUCACCUCCCUGGGAUUUUGGGUUUCUUUGGGGUUUAUUUUUUGGUUUCUUUGGGUUUUCUUUUUGUUUCUUUGGUUUUUUGUUUUAAGUUGGUUUUUAUUGUUUGUUGGGGAUUUUUUGUUUGGGAGUU